CCAUGGCGGGGCGGGGCGCGGGGCCGGAGACUUGACGACUCCUCACCGCCCUGCUGGGCCCGACAGGAGGACCGGGAGCGGGGCGUGGGGCCGCCCCAGGGGGUGCGGGCGCAGGUGCCCCGGGGCCCCGCGGAGCCCUAGAGUCCUGGAGCUGCGGAGCUCUGCAGGCCGGUCGGCGAUCGAGAGUAGCCCGGCAGCACCAUAUCUCGGGCAGCCGAGGCCCCGCCAAGCCGGCCGGGCAGUGGUCCAAAGUGUCCCGGCGGGCGGCGUGGCAGCGGCGGCCGCGGGCGACGGGGUGCAGCAGCGGGUAGGCGGGCGAGAGUCCAGGCGCCUCCCGGGCCCCAGCCCUCGAGACCCAACUCCAGCCGGGGCGGGAACAAGUUGCUCCGGCGGCGGACAGCCAGGCUGCAGGACCCCCGGCCCGCCAUGCCAGCGGUCAAGAAGGAACUCCCGGGCCGCGAAGACCUGGCCCUGGCUCUGGCCACCUUCCACCCGACCCUGGCAGCGCUGCCACUGCCGCCGCUGCCCGGAUACCUGGCGCCACUGCCCGCUGCGGCCGCCCUGCCCCCGGCUGCCUCUCUGCCCGCCGCCACCACCGACUACGAGGCACUGUUGGCUCCACCGCUCCGCGCCCCGGGAGCCUACCUGAGCCUGCACGAGGCCGCCCCGCACCUCCACCUGCCCGGGGACCCUCUGGCCCUUGAGCGCUUCUCGGCCACUGCGGCCGCUGCACCGGAUUUCCAGCCGCUGCUGGACAACGGCGAGCCCUGCAUCGAGGUGGAGUGCGGCGCCAACCGCGCGCUGCUCUACGUGCGCAAACUCUGCCAGGGCAGCAAAGGUCCGUCCAUCCGCCACCGGGGCGAGUGGCUUACACCCAACGAGUUCCAGUUCGUCAGCGGCCGCGAGACGGCCAAGGACUGGAAGCGCAGCAUCCGCCACAAAGGGAAAAGUCUGAAGACGCUUAUGUCCAAGGGGAUUCUGCAGGUGCACCCUCCGAUCUGCGACUGUCCGGGCUGCCGAAUAUCCUCCCCGGUGAACCGAGGGCGGCUGGCAGACAAGAGGACAGCUGCCCUGCCCCCUACGCGGGUCCUGAAGAAGGAGCUGACCCCCAGCUUGUCUGCCAGUGAUGGCGACAGCGAUGGAAGUGGCCCAGGCUGUGGGUGGAGGCCAGGCUUGAAGCAGGAGGAUGAGCCACGCGUCCAUAUCAUGAAGAGAAGAGUCCACGCCCACUGGGACGUGAACAUCUCCUUCCGAGAGACGUCCUGCAGCCAGGACAGCAAGCUUCCCACCCUCAUAUCCAGCGUGCAUCGCAGCCGCCACCUCGUUAUGCCCGAGCACCCAAGCCACUGUGAAUUCCAGAGAGGCAGCGUGGAGCUCGGCUUGGGAGCCGCAGGUGACCUUUUGGGCAAGAGGCUGGGCUGCUCCCCCCACAUCAGCAGUGACUGCCCUUUGGAGAAGAAGGCCCGAAGCAAGUUCCCCCAAGAGUCUCUGUUGCUGCCUCAACUAGGGCCCAGCAUGGCCCCUGAGGAUCACUACCGCAGGCUCAUGUCCGCCCUGAGUGAGGCCAGCACCUUCGAGGACCCCCAGCGUCUCUACCACCUGGGCCUCCCCAGCCACGAUCUACUGAGGGUCCGGCAGGAGGUGGCGGCAGCAGCUGUGAGGAGCCCCAGUGGCCUGGAAGUCCACCUUCCCUCAUCCACAGCAGGUCAGCGUCGCAGGCAGGGCCUGGCUCAGCACCGAGAGGGCGCCGCCGUAGCUGGUGCCCCGUCCUUCUCAGAGAGGGAGCCGUCGCAGCCGCCCCCCUUGCUAUCGCCCCAGAAUGCCCCGCACAUCGCCCUCGGACCCCACCUCAGGCCCCCCUUUUUGGGGGUGCCCUCGGCUCUGUGCCAGACCCCAGGUUAUGGCUUCCUGCCCCCUGCUCAGGCGGAGAUGCUGGCCCGGCAGCAGGAGCUCCUGCGGAAGCAGAACCUGGCCCGGCUGGAGAUGUCGGCGGAGCUGCUGCGACAGGAGCCGGAGAGCGCGCACCGACCGCAGCUGCUGGCACCGGAAGCCCCCCUGCGCCCACCCGAGGGCGCCGAAGAGCUGCAGCGGCGCGGGGCCAUGCUAGUGCUGAGACACAGCUCCACGCCGAUGCUGGCCCUGCCCCCCCAGGGCCCCCCGGGCCCCGGACCCCCAACCCCACCCCGGGAGUCUGCCCGCCGAGCCCCUCGGAAGGGCGGCCGCAGCCCUGCCUCAGCGCGGCCCAGUGAGUCCAAGGAGACCUCUGGGGCUAGGCUCUGGGCACAAGAUGGCUCUGAAGAUGAGCCCCCCAAGGACUCAGACGGAGAGGACCCCGAGAUGGUGCCCGCUGAGGGCCGGGACCCCACCCUGGGCCAAGCCCCAACUGGAGGCACCAGCUCUGAGGGGAAGGGCCUUUUCUCUGGGCCCAUGCUGCCCCCUCCACUGCACCUGGGCUUUCCCUAUGCCGUCAGCCCCUUCUUCCACACAGGCACCAUGGGGGGACUCUCCACGGAUGGGGAGGAGGCCACAGCCCCUGAGGAUGUCAGCAAGUGGACAGUGGAUGAUGUCUGCAGCUUUGUGGGGGGCCUGUCUGGCUGUGGAGAAUAUGCAUCGGUCUUCAGAGAACAGGGGAUCGACGGGGAGACCCUGCCCCUGCUGACAGAGGAACACCUCCUGACCACCAUGGGGCUGAAGCUAGGGCCUGCUCUCAAGAUCCGGGCCCAGGUGGCCAAGCGACUGGGACGCGUCUUCUACAUGGCCAGCUUCCCCGUGGCUUUGCCGCUGCAGCCACCAACACUGCGGGUCCCCGAGCAGGAGCUUGCCCUCACUGUGGGGGAACAGCCAUCGCCAGCAGUAGCACUCUCCCCCUAUGGGGGGGGACGCCCCCCAGCUGGCCAAGCCUCACCCAAGCAAGAGAACGGGAUGUCUCUGCUCCCAGGGCCUGCAGACCCCUCCCAGCCUCUGUGCUGAGCUAGUGGGUGAGCCACUGAGCCCCCAGCCCUUCAGCACCUGCCACUCCAAUGCAAUGGCCCCGCCUCCCACAGCUCAUUUUCCUUGUAGCUUUGGAUACAAAAACACAAUUUUUUAAAGAAAACGUGACGAGAAAAGGAACAAGUCCACAGGUCGGGAGUCGGCUGCAAAGCCUGGUGCAGACAGCCUAGGGGCCCCAACUGAGACCGGGGUGCACGGGCUCUGCAUCCUGGGCAGCUACACACAAACCAGAGACGGAGACGGCACAACAUCCUACGCCG